CUGUUUGUUUGUUCAGGAUUAUCUGUGUGUGUGUGUUCAGUCUGUAAUGAUCAGCAUGCUGACCAGGCUUGUGUGUCCAUUAUAAAUGUGGCUGUCAGUGUGAUCAGCUGUUACAAACCUGCCGUCGUGCUGCUGAUCACCACACGUCGCUGCGCUCAGGUCGUGAAAUCAGUCGGGCACCAUGAGUCCUAAACACGUCGUCUUUAAGAAGGUUUCCCGCGACAAGUCGGUGGCGGUCUACAUGGCCAAGAGAGACUUUGUGGAUCACUGUGAUUUUGUGGAUCCAGUCGAUGGAGUUAUUGUGAUCGACCCGGUGCAGCUAAAAGGAAAGAAAGUGUACGUGAUGUUGUCAUGUACAUUUCGAUACGGCCGUCAGGACAUGGAUGUGAUGGGUGUGGCCUUCAGGAGGGACCUGUUCCUGGUGACCCGGCAGGUUUACCCCGAGCUGCAGGACAAAGAGAAGCUGACUCACACCAAGAUCCAGCAGAAACUGCUCCGAAAGCUGGGAGACAACGCUUUCCCCUUCUUCUUUGAGUUUCCAGACAACCUGCCGUGUUCUGUCGCUCUCCAGCCGGGACCGUCUGAUGUGGGAAAGAAAUGUGCGGUGGAGUUUGAAGUGAAAGCUUUCUGUGGAGAGAACCAGGACGAGAAGAUCGACAAACAGAGUGCAGUUCGUCUCACCAUUCGUAAGAUCCAGUUCAGUCCAGACGACAGUAAAGUGUUUCCGGUUGCUGAGACCACCUUUGAGUUCCUGAUGUCUGAGAAACCGCUGCACGUCAAACUGAGUCUGCCUAAAGAGACCUUCUACCACGGGGAACCUGUCAGAGUGAACGUGGAGAUCACCAACUCGUCCAGCAGGAACAUCAAAGACAUCAGUGUGUCAGUCGAACAGGUGACCAAUGUUGUUCUUUACUCCAAUGACAAAUACGUCAAAUCUGUGGCCAAAGAAGAGACCAGUGACUCGGUUCCCUCUGGUACCAGCCUGAAGAAGGAGUACACUCUGCUUCCUUUUCUGGCUCACAACAAGGACAGGAGAGGACUCGCUCUGGAUGGACGACUUAAACACGAAGACACCAACCUGGCUUCAUCCAGCAUAGUGAAGCAGGAGGUGCUGAAGGAGGUUCAGGGGAUGCUGAUCUCCUAUAAGGUCGUGCUGAAGAUGAUCGCUUCUGGGACGGUGGGAUCCAGCGAGGUGUCUCUGGAGCUUCCAUUCAGACUGAUGCAUCCUAAACCUGAACCAGGUAACCCCCCCCCCCCCACACACACACACACACACAGUUCAUCUACAGGUAACACACCUGAGGAUGAGUUAAUCAGCUUGUUGUGUAUCGCUGACUGCACUGAGCUGUUUAUCAUCUCAACAACAAGCUGCAUCACAUCCUGAAGAUUAACAUGUGGAUGAAUAAACUGUGCAGAUUAACCACACACACGCGUCUGUACCUGCGAGGCGCCCCAGUGAUCCAUAAUCCAUCUCCUCUGGACCUGACUGUGGCUCUAACUGCUCUCCACAGGCUGCAGCACAGUUUCUAUGUAAAGAGACUGAGAUAAGAAGAAGCUUCUGUAAUAAAUCUGUUAAACAGACGGAUGUUUUCAGAUCACACAUUGAAUUCAACCUCCAGCAGUUCUGACAAAUCACUGUGGGACAAUUUAGGUCACUGUUAAAACGUCUCUCGUCAGAAGGUUAUUAUAAUAAAAUGUCUAAAAAUAUCAAAUGUGCAGCUUCUAAAAGGAAACAAACCCUCAAGGCAACAGAUUUGCUUUUCAGCUGUUCCAGUGAUUUUCUCCUCCUGAGAACAAAGACGCAGCUUUCAGCCGUUAAGCUGACCUUUAACAGGACUGUUUAGUUUGGAGAUCUUCUGCAUCUCUCCAUGUCUUUGUAAAUGUUCCACUAAAUGUCCAAAAUGUCUUCACACUGAAAUCAAACAGAAAAGACAGAAUCCUAUUAGAUCCAUCUUUUGGAGUUUCAGAAGUUGUUAUUUCUCCUUCAAUAUUUACCAGGCUGAAAUGAGAGUUUGAACAUGGAGACCUUUAUCUUAUAUCUAACCUGAACAGUAACGACUUUUCUGUCUUUCCAUCUCGUUUCCUGAACGUUGGGACUUCAGCCAGGUAAGGAGGAUCACAGUCUCUCUGGACCUGCAGAGUGUAGAAGCACAUGUUUUAGACUAAAAGAACAAAAUAUGACAAUAAUUUGUUAUCUGAUAGAAAAUGUUUGAAAAAGUUGAGACAGGUUUGUUGUGAUGUGGAGAUGAUGAUGUCAUUAGAAAAGACUGAUAUCUUUUUGAUUUAGGUUAAAAAGAAAAAAAUAACUUCAGUAUAUUUUGUAAAACCUCGUCAAAGAUCCACUUCAGAGGAAUCUGAAUAAUAAUUGAUUAAUAUUUUCCUCCACAUCAGCUUCUUUAUUCUAGAAUUUAUUCUAGUAUUAUAGGAAAUAGCAACAUCUCCAAUAUAUGAUUUCUAAAUAAGAUACAGUUGAAGGAGGGAAAUCAGAUCAUCUUCAUCUUCACAUCUCCAUCUGGGUUUUUUUUAACUGCACAUUCAUUUCUAUUGAUUAUAACAAAAUACACACAUUAAAGAUGUGGAAUCACAAAUAUAUAUAUUCACCAUGUGAGUUCACUAUAAAGAAAAAUUAUAAAAUUAUAAAGAUCGUUAUUGGAUUAUUAUUAUUAUUAUUAUUAUUAUUUAUUUAUAAAGUGACUGGUGGGGGGGGCGGGGUUAAGCCACCUCACUAAUCGGCCCCUCCUCCAUCUGUUUGGCAGCGAAACGGACGACAUGGUGUUUGAGGACUUUAAACGAGUCUACCUGAAGGGAGUGGUCUACGGGGACGACGACGAGUCUCCAACAGAGGCGUAAACUACAAAUAUGGCCGCCACAGACCAGACUGUCCCUGCUGUCCAUCACCGCCCAGAGCUGAAGAGACACCCAGUUUGACCUGAAGACACUAGAUAAUGAUUUUAGUGAUUCCAUAAUGUUUCAUGUGGCGCCCCCCUCAGGACAAACUGCGCAUGUUCAUCUCCUUUACUGUUCAGACUUCUGUCAUGUUAGAGCUGUAAUGAACUCUGCAGCCUGUAGGGGGCGCUGGUAGUGCACCACUGGACUGGGAAAUAAAACAGGGCAGAGCUGCAACUCUUUUUCCAACAUCA